GCUGGCCACCGCGAGGAAGGAGAAGGUGAUGUCCCAGAAGACCUUUCGCGAGACCCUGGUGAUGGAGCUGAAAGCGGUCGGGUCUACCUCCAAAGCCUCUCCACUGCCCCCCCCUCCAGCUCCCCAAGGGGCCUCACACAAACCUGUUCAUUUCUGCCAGGAUGGCACCUCGGGUCGGAGGAGGUGUGUCCAUUGCCGCCAGAAGACCACCGUGAAAUGCUCCUCCUGUGACGUGUGUCUGUGCUUCGUGAUGGCCAGAGACUGUUUUAAUGCCUGGCACACCCUGAACAAGUUGUAACUUCCGGUGUGUGACACCGUACCCUGGGGCUGUAGUCAAGACCACCUUUGUCGAGUCCAAAGAGGUCUGAGUCCAAAGAGGUCUGAGUCCAAGUCAAGACACACACACACAGCUGGCUCUGCAACGUUAGCUAACGUCCGUUAGCAUACAGACGGGCUAACUAUAGCCAGUUAGCUUUUUUAUAACGUAAGAAAAACCCACCCAUCUCGUAUGAGCAAAGCUUAUUUCAUGUAAUAAAAUGACGGCUCAACAGGAGCACUAACGCCACAGGUCUUAUGUUGACAACGUGGACGCAAAUAUAGGAAACUCCGAAGGCAGCCGUAAUAUUUACCUAGUAAGCUAACUAGGCUAAUGCUGGUGCGCUAACGUUAGCAAACAUUGGCGUAGCGUUAGCUAGCUGUCUAAACUUGUAAAAAGCCGAACAAUAUCCCCACCUGAACCGUGUUUCACUUUCCCUCCAAUAUUAUCAUCAACAUAAUAAAGACACCUGGACUCGGUCCAGACCAGAAGCCAUGUUGGGCAAGACCAGUGGUCGAGUCCGAGACAAGUCCGAGUCCAAAUACUAGCGAGACCGAGACAAGUCCGAGUCCAAAUACUAGCGAGUCCCAGACAAGUCCGAGUCCAAAUACUACCGAGUCCGAGCCAAUUCCGAGUCCAAAUAUAGCGAGUCGAGACAAGUCCGAGUCCAAUACUCCCGAGUCCGAGACACGUCCGAGUCCAUACUAGCGAUUUCCGAGACAGUCGAGUCCAAUACAUAGCGAUUCCGAGACAGUCCAGAGUCCCAAUACUAGCGAGACCGAGACAAGUCAGAGUCCAAUACUAGCGAGACCGAGACAAGUCAGAGUCCAAUACUAGCGAGACCGAGACAGUCAGGCGAUCCGAAAUACUAGCGAGACCGAGACAAUCCCAGGUCCAAAUCUAGCCGAGCCGAGACAAGUCAGAGUCCAAAUACUAGCGAGACCGAGACAAGUCAGAGUCCAAAUACUAGCAAGACCGAGACAAGUCCGAGUCCAAAUACUACAGAGUCGGAGACAAGUCCGAGUCCAAAGAAAAAUGGUCUCGAGUCCGAGACCGGACUCGAGUACUACCGCCCUGCUAUACCCUGUACCAGAGUAAGCUAUACAGCUAAUCUAGUCCACGUGUCAUUUCAUGUAAAGUUUUUGUGUACAUUCACGUGUUUUUGUAUUUUGCACAAUAUGUAUGUAUUUUUUACAAUAUUUCUAUAUUAAAAAAAAGUUUCCAGUGAAGUUUAUUUGCCCUUUUUUGACCAAAAUCUCUUUGGUCGAAGAAUAGAAGAAAAUAUGGGUUUUUGUGUGGUUUUGCUUAUGUCAUGCUGUGCCUAAAUGACUCAGAAAUGACUGAGAAUGAGAAACAGGGUGUUGGCUUUCAUUAGAGACCAAGACCAUGUU